CUGCGAGAAUCGCCGCCGCGCGCGCCGCGGGCGUAAGCGGCGGGACUUUGCCCCCGCCCCGAGCCCCAGCGCUCCCGUCCCGCCGCCAUGGCCACCCCGGGGCCGGCGCGGCUCCUCCGGGCCGCCGCCGCCGCUUCCUCCCGCCGCUGGCUUUUCUCCUCCACCUCGCCGGCAGCGGGGCCGAGGCCGGGCUCCGCUAGCGCCGCCGCUGCCGGGAGGACAGCGCGGCCGUUCAGCCUCUCUGCCCGGGCGGUGCUCAGCUCAGAAGAUAAAAUAACUGUUCAUUUCAUAAACCGUGAUGGUGAGAAAUUAACAGCCAAGGGAAAACCUGGGGAUUCACUGCUGGAUGUUGUUGUUGACAAUAAUCUAGACAUAGAUGGUUUUGGUGCAUGUGAAGGAACGCUAGCCUGUUCAACUUGUCAUUUAAUAUUUGAAGACCACAUAUUUGAGAAACUAGAUGCAAUUACUGAUGAAGAGAUGGACAUGCUGGACCUGGCAUAUGGCCUCACAGAAACAUCACGUUUAGGCUGCCAAAUCUGCUUGAAGAAAUCAAUGAAUGAUAUGACUGUUCGAGUACCAGAAGCUGUGGCUGAUGCUAGACAAUCAGUAGAUAUGAGUAAAAACUCCUAAAAGAAAAUAUCCUAGGGGUUUUAAAGAAGCUUAAUUAUUUUUAUAACUUAUUUUUAAAUGUGUAAUUAAAUAUGGAAACUUACAUAAUUGUGAGUUAUUUUAUAUGACUAUCAAUAUUAGAUUAAUGCUAUUUUAAUUUUCUUUAUAGAACCUCUUAUAUUUUUACGCUUAAAAUGCAAUAAUACUUCUUAUAAGUAAUCAUUGGAUUAUAAACAUUAGUAAGUGUAUUACAGAUUUCAUAUAACAUUAUUCUGCCAAAACAUUUAAUGACAUUUAAAAACUGGAUCACCUGUACAGGACUUCUCCUAAAACAAACCCUGAGUAUUUCUAGGUGUCACACAUGGAUGUGUAAGAGAAAAGAACUUGUAGGACUGCACGGGGUCUUUUUGAAGUGUUGCCAUUAAAGAUGGUGUGCUCAGAGCUAGUUUGGAUUCUCAGUAAAUAUGAUACUUCCUUAGCAAAUAGUGGAUUUUCAGGAUAGGAAUUUUCCGAACUUUGGAAUCUUAAUGAGAUAUGUGGCAAAUGUUGUCUUACAAAAAUACUGCUAAACCCAUGAGUUCUAAGGGCCAUGUUACGGUUUAACCCAGCAGGCAGCUAAAUGCCACACGGCCGUUCACUUGCACCCACCACUGCCCAACCCCCUUCCAAAUGGGAGGUGGGGUAGUCUUGGGGGAAAAAAAAAAAAAGAAAUAUUCAUGUGUUGAGAUAAAGACAAUUUAAUAGGACAGAAACAGAAAGGAAAACAACAGUAAUAAUGAUAAAUAAAAUACAUAAAACAAGUGAGGCACAACGCAGUUGCCCACCACAUGAUGACUAAUGGCCAGCCAGUUUUGGAGCAGUGAACCCCAGCCAACUUUGGCCUCAGUUGGUAUUUUGAGCAUGACACCAUACAGUCUGGGACCUCCCUUUGGUCACUUGGAGUCUGCUGUCCUGGCUCUGUCUCCUCCCAAUUCCUUGUGCACCACCAGCUUCCCUCAUUGGUGGGGUAGGGUGAGAAGCUGAAAAGGCUUUGACUUAGUUGUUGCUAAGCUGUGUUUACACUAUAACACCAGUGUGUUAUCAACAUUAUUCUGAUUCUAAAUCCAAAACAGCACUGCACCAGCUGCUGGGAAGAAAAUUAGCUCUCUCCCAGGUGAAACCAGGACAGGCUGAUGCAGGAUCUUGGCACCUGCAGCUUAACAAUGGCCCAAAUCGGGUAUUGGUAAACCUCAACAGUAUGUACAUUUAACUACACCACAAAUACUGGAAUAGACAGGGCUUAGAAGAGUGAAUCCUUGGAGCUGUGUAAUGGGAAAACAUAGCAACUGGAUUUACAAUUUACCCAUCACAAACUCUUACUGUACUCUGGAGAUGGCUGAGUUGGGAUUGAACAGGGCCGUGUUUGCCAAAAUCAGGUUUGUUCUGAAAUCUUUAUCCUUUUUUAGUUGUGAGCUUGUGCAGGAGACAGUCUGAUGUUAGGUAGGGUGUUCAGCUUGAAGAGAUUGCUAGAUUCUGGGCUUUGCUCUCAGGAUCAUUUUAGUAAUGGUUGAUGUGAAAUGACCAAGUAUAUUUGUUUCAUAAAAAUGGCCUAGGUUCCUCAGAAGGUAUAGGGAAACCCCUGCGGUGAGAUGGUGUCUGGAUUGAUGAUGAAGAGCUUUCAGUUCAAUAUUGUUUUAGUCUUCCUAAAGUAGCCCAAAUAAAAUAAUGUUUCUAAGACUAUUACUCUCUCCAACUUUACAUAAAUACUUAUAUGAACUGGUUAUCACCAGUAGUUGUUACCUUCUGAUUUUUUGGGCAUUUUUAUAUAUAUAUAUAUAUAUAUAUAUAAACUAUGUUUGUUUACAUUUGAAUGAUCUAAUGAAUUCAUUAAUGCUUUGUUUGAACUGGCAACAAUGACAUCUGGACAUCUUUUCUUGCAUUAUUAUAUGUAUGGGAUGGGAGAAAAAUUAUUUUUCCAGUGUCAAAUAUUGGGAUUAUUUUGAGCUUUAUAAAGAGGGAAAAAAAAAGUCCUUCUUUGUUGUAAGAAUUAGUAUAUUCUAGAACUGUAUUGAAAAUAGAUGUGGGUCAGAUUCUUUUAUUUCCUGAGUUACCUCAUUUCCUUCUGAGUUACCCUUCAGCUUUGCCCUAAUGCAAGAUAUACUAAUUGUGGUCUGCUCAAAACUUAAUCGUGAAGGGGUUUCAGAAUACACUUCUGAUGUCAUCUGAUUCAAACUAAGACUUCAGAAUUAAAGUUUUCAGGCUUUAUGAAGGGCAUAGAGUAGAAGGUCAGGGAGAAGGGUGGACAUAAAUUGACGAAAUGUUCUGAAGAUGCUGCUGUCUUCCUCUUCUGCUGCUGUGACUCUAACCAUGACUUAGAGGUUGCCUUCACACAGAUAUUAAGGUAAAUCUCACUUUGUAUUGCCUUUGUCCUGAGCUCAUUUAUAUACAGUUAUUACUAUUAAAUCUUGAGGGUUUGGGUUUUUGUACAUGAGACAGCUCAUCAGCUUCUAAGAGAGGGAACUUGGGUCAUAACCAGAUGUGCUGUGCGUUCGUACAUCAGAAAGAAAUCUGAGGUUUCAGUAUAGCUUUGAGGUUUAGGGGUAGAUGUUGAUUAUUUAUUGAGUUUUGGGGUCUUCUUGGGUUUUGUUUUGGGUUUAUGGGGUUUUUUUUCAUUGGGUUAUUUGGGGUUUUUUUUCAUACAGCACCAGGUACUUCUAGUGGGAAUCUUGAAGUGCUUAACACUGUGUUAAACAAAUGUGAAACAGCUCCCAAGUGAGUUUUCUUUCUAAGCCAAGGUUGUUUUGUGUGCGUUUCCUGUGACAGCUUCUCAUUACAAAGACUUUGACUCUCCUAUAGUGUGCCUGUGGAAUGAAUUACUCAGCACAGCAAGGCAAAAAAGGACACUUCGAAGUUCAUUUUGAAUUCUAGAGGUAUCCCAUAUUGCAUGCAAAUGGAAAUCUCAGAACACAAAGGAACUGACUUGUAGUCCCCAAAAUUCACAGCUCAAGAUAAUAGUUUAUUGUCAAAAUGAUUUGCAAAUAAAUCUUAUUUUUAACCUCUUUCUGA